CCGCAGAGGCGGUGUCCGGGGGCUGGGUCCGGGUCCUCUUUGCUCGCCGGCGGGUUGACUGACAGCGGUCCCCGCCCAGGGAGUGGAAGGGCCGGAGCGAGGCGUGGGGUAGGAGGCGGAGCGGCGCGAACCGCCCUGCGCUGCCGCGUCUCUUACCUAUUCAUUCAGGCACCUAAAAUGGCUGGAGAGCGGAGGUGGCGGAGCUGGAGAAGAAGGUGAGGGGGCGACCCAGAGCAGUGCCCCCACCUCGGUGCCGGUGGGCCACUCCUUGGCCCGGUGCAUUGCACUCCCGGCAAGGCUGGCGGCUGGCCCUCAGCUGCUCCCCGGCACCAUGUCUGCCGGCCAGGACGAGAGCUCGGUGCGAGUGGCGGUCAGGAUUAGACCACAGCUAGCUAAAGAGAAGAUCGAAGGAUGCCAUAUUUGUACAUCUGUCACACCUGGUGAACCUCAAGUGUUCCUGGGAAAAGAUAAGGCCUUCACUUUCGAUUAUGUCUUUAACAUCGACUCACAGCAAGAAGAGAUCUAUAUACAGUGUAUAGAAAAACUGAUUGAAGGUUGCUUUGAAGGCUAUAAUGCCACUGUCUUUGCUUAUGGCCAAACGGGUGCUGGCAAAACAUACACCAUGGGCACUGGAUUUGAUGUCAACAUAACAGAAGAGGAACAAGGCAUUAUAUCACGUGCUGUUAAGCAUCUUUUCAGAUGUAUUGAAGAAAAAAAACAGUCUGCUAUUAAGCAAGGGCUUCCACCUCCAGAUUUUAAAGUGAAUGCACAGUUCUUAGAGCUUUACAAUGAAGAAAUUCUUGAUCUGUUUGACACCACACGUGAUAUUGAUGCAAAGAAUAAAAAAUCAAAUAUUAAAAUACAUGAAGAUUCAGCAGGAGGAAUUUAUACAGUGGGUGUUACAACCCGAUCUGUGAAUGGAGAGUCAGAGAUGAUGCAGUGCUUGAAGCUGGGGGCUUUGUCUCGAACAACUGCAAGCACUCAGAUGAAUGUCCAGAGCUCACGAUCACAUGCCAUUUUUACUAUCCACUUGUGUCAAACCAGAGUCUGCCCUGCAUUUAACACUGAUAAUGCAACUGAUAACAGAAUAAUAUCUGAAUCGUCAGAGAUAAAUGAAUUUGAAACUCUUACUGCCAAGUUCCAUUUUGUUGAUCUAGCGGGAUCUGAAAGGUUAAAGCGAACAGGAGCUACAGGAGAAAGGGCAAAGGAAGGCAUUUCCAUCAACUGUGGCCUCUUGGCACUUGGCAAUGUAAUAAGUGCACUUGGAGAUAAAAGUAAGAAGGCAACUCAUGUACCAUACAGAGAUUCAAAGCUUACACGGCUACUUCAAGACUCUCUUGGGGGAAACAGUCAAACGCUCAUGAUAGCAUGUGUGAGCCCUUCAGAUCGAGAUUUCAUGGAAACCCUAAACACAUUAAAGUAUGCCAACCGGGCACGCAACAUCAAGAACAAGGUGAUGGUCAAUCAGGAUAGGGCUAGUCAACAAAUCAAUGCUUUGCGCAGUGAGAUCACACGGCUACAGAUGGAACUCAUGGAAUACAAAACAGGUAAAAGGAUUAUAGAUGAAGAAGGUGUUGAAAGCAUCAAUGACAUGUUUCAUGAAAAUGCAAUGCUGCAAACAGAAAACAACAACUUGCGUGUUAGAAUUAAAGCCAUGCAAGAAACUAUUGAUGCACUGAGAGCCAGAAUAACACAACUUGUGAGCGAUCAGGCCAACCAAGUGCUAUCCAGAGCAGGAGAAGGAAAUGAAGAAAUUAGCAACAUGAUUCAUAAUUAUAUCAAGGAAAUUGAAGAUCUCAGAGCAAAAUUACUGGAAAGUGAAGCAGUGAAUGAAAAUCUUCGACGCAGCUUGUCAAGAGCUUCAACAAGAUCCACAUACUUUGGUGGACCAUCAGCAUUUUCUGCUUCUAUGCUUUCUUCAGAGAAAGAGACAAUGGAAAUUCUAGAUCUAGCCAAGAAAGAUCUAGAAAAGCUGAAAAAGAAAGAAAGGAAAAAGAAAAAGAGGCUACAGAAACUUGAGGAAAGCAGUCAAGAAGAAAGAAGUGUUAAAGAAGAUAACACAGAUAAUGAGCAGGAGAAGAGAGAUGAAAAAGGCACUUCGGAGAGAGAGAAUAAUGACUUGGAAGCAGAGGAAGUUCAGGAGGUAAGCGAUCAUGAGGAUGAAGAGGAGGAAGAUGAGGAGGAUGAAGAUGACAUGGAAGUUGUCGAAAGCUCAGAUGAAUCAGAUUCUGACUCUGAUGAAAAAGAAAAUUAUCAAGCUGACUUGGCAAAUAUCACCUGUGAAAUAGCCAUUAAGCAGAAGCUGAUAGAUGAGCUAGAGAACAGCCAGCGGAGGUUGCAGACCCUGAAAAAACAAUAUGAAGAGAAACUAAUGAUGCUACAACAUAAAAUUCGAGAUACUCAGCUUGAAAGAGAUCAAGUUCUUCAAAACUUGGGUUCUGUGGAGACCUAUUCAGAGGAGAAAGCAAAAAAAAUCAAGUCAGAAUAUGAAAAGAAACUCCAAGCCAUGAAUAAAGAGCUGCAGAGACUUCAAACAGCGCAAAAGGAACAUGCACGAUUGCUUAAAAAUCAGUCUCAAUAUGAAAAACAACUCAAGAAACUUCAGCAGGAGGUGACAGAGAUGAAGAAAACCAAGGUUCGCUUGAUGAAGCAAAUGAAGGAAGAGCAGGAGAAAGCUAGAAUGACUGAAUCUAGAAGAAAUAGAGAGAUUGCACAACUUAAAAAGGAGCAACGCAAACGAGAGCAUCAACUCAAGCUUCUGGAAGCUCAGAAAAGAAAUCAAGAAGUCAUUCUGCGUCGCAAAACCGAAGAGGUUACAGCCCUUCGUCGGCAAGUAAGGCCUCUGUCUGAUAAAGUGGCAGGAAAAGUAAGUCGAAAGCUGAGCUUGCCUGAGCAUCCUAUACAGGAAGCAAGUUCUUGCUCAUCGUUUGAGCAUGAUGGUUCAAGAACAGCAACACAACAAAAGAUGAGAAUUCCUGUUGCAAGGGUUCAGGCAUUAUCUGUAACUGCAACAAAUGGAACAGGAAAGAAAUAUCAACGAAAAGCAGUGACAAGCAGAGUUUACUCCUCAAGGGCAGCCAGGAUGAAGUGGCAGUUACUUGAACGCAGGGUGACUGAUAUCAUUAUGCAGAAGAUGACAAUUUCCAAUAUGGAGGCAGAUAUGAACAGGUUACUUACGCAACGUGAAGAACUUACCAGAAGAAGAGAAAAGCUUUCAAAGAAAAGGGAGAAGCUCAUGAAGGAUGGAGGUGGCAGUGAAGCAGAUAGAAACGUUCAAAACGUAAAUGAAGAGAUGGAAUCAUUAACUGCAAAUAUAGACUACAUUAACGACAGCAUUUCUGAUUGCCAAGCAAACAUUAUGCAAAUGGAGGAAGCAAAGGAAGAAGGAGAGACCUUGGAUGUAACAGCAGUGAUUAAUGCUUGCACUUUGACAGAAGCUCGAUAUUUGCUUGAUCACUUCCUCACAAUGGGUAUCAAUAAGGGUCUCCAGGCAGCUCAGAAAGAAGCUCAGAUCAAAGUUCUUGAGGGACGCCUUAAGCAGACAGAAAUUACUAGUGCUACUCAAAACCAACUGCUGUUUCAUAUGCUAAAAGAAAAAGCUGAGUUAAAUCCUGAACUCGAUGCUUUGCUGGGUCAUGCUUUGCAAGACCUAGAUAGCAUACCGAUGGAAAAUGUGGAAGAUAGUAGUGAUGAGGAUGCCCCACUGCAUAGUCCUGGGAUGGAAGGAAGUUCAUUAUCUUCAGAUCUUUUGAAACUUUGUGGUGAAGUCAAACCCAAAAGCAAGGCCCGACGAAGGACCACUACUCAGAUGGAAUUGCUAUAUGCAGACAGCAGUGAUGUGGUCUCUGACAUUAGUGCUGCAGACUCUACUUUGGCUGGCCCUCUUGCGUCAGUUGCAGAAACACAAGAAAGUGGGAUGGCUGCUGACACAAGUGACACUUCUGCUAGGGACAGAGAGUUUAUUUCCCCAUCAUCUGGCUUACCUUCUAAGAUAGGCAGCAUUUCUAGACAGCCAUCUCUGUCAGAGAAGAAGAUACCUGAGCCUUCACCUUUAGCAAAGAGAAAAGCCUAUGAGAAAACAAUGGAGAAGACAAAGGCGAAAGAACAAAAACUCUCAGAUUCUGGAGCCCCAGAGGCUAGUCUGUCACCUCCUACUUCCCCACCAAGCCGGCCCCGUAAUGAAAUGAAUGUUUUUAGUCGUCUUACUGUUUCUCAGGGAAACACAUCAGUUCAGCAGGAUAAGUCUGAUGAAAGUGAUUCCUCUCUGUCGGAGGUACACAGGGGGAUAAUUAACCCAUUCCCUGCUUCAAAAUGCGUCCGAUCAUCUCCACUUCAGUGUAUCUAUACAGCUGAAGGGCAUGCCAAGGCUGUGCUUUGUGUGGAUGCAACCGAUGACCUUCUCUUCACUGGAUCUAAAGAUCGCACCUGUAAAGUCUGGAAUCUGGUAACUGGACAAGAGAUUAUGUCUCUAGGAGGUCAUCCAAAUAAUGUUGUUUCUAUAAAAUAUUGCAACUACACUAGCCUGGUCUUCACAGUCUCAACCUCUUAUAUCAAGGUGUGGGACAUCAGAGAUUCUGCCAAGUGUAUCCGGACAUUGACAUCUUCAGGCCAAGCAAUGCCUGGUGAUGUGUGUUCAGCAAGUACUAACAGAACAGUCACUAUCCCAGCUGGAGAGAACCAGAUCAAUCAGAUUGCACUAAAUCCAACUGGCACAUUCCUCUAUGCAGCUGCUGGAAACUCAGUGAGGAUGUGGGAUCUGAAAAGAUUUCAGUCUACAGGAAAGCUAACUGGUCACCAGGGUCCUGUUAUGUGCCUUACUGUAGAUCGAAUUUCCAGUGGGCAAGAUCUUAUUGUCACUGGUUCAAAGGAUCAUUAUAUAAAGAUGUUUGAUGUGACUGAAGGGGCUCUUGGAAGUGUAAGCCCUACACACAAUUUUGAACCUCCUCAUUAUGAUGGCAUUGAAGCACUUGCUAUUAUGGCAGACAACCUUUUCAGUGGAUCCAGAGAUAAUGGAAUUAAGAAAUGGGAUUUGGCUCAAAAAGACCUGCUUCAGCAAGUUCCUAAUGCUCAUAAAGACUGGGUGUGUGCUCUUGGGCUGGUACCUGGCACCCCGGUUCUACUCAGUGGCUGCAGAGGAGGCACCCUCAAACUCUGGAAUGUGGAUACCUUCGCGCCCAUUGGGGAGAUGAAGGGACAUGACAGCCCUAUAAAUGCGAUCUGCACCAACUCCAGCCAGAUUUUCACAGCAGCAGAUGACCGGACUGUGAGGAUCUGGAAAGCUCGGAAUAUAAUAGAUGGACAGAUCUCAGAUACAGGAGAUGCAAGUGAAGAUCUUGCCAGUAACUGAAAUUAGGGGGAUAAUUAAUGUAUUGAUGAGUUUCAGGUGCACUCUCUGCAGUUUGCUGCAUGCUCACUAGGUAAAACACUGAUGAUGGGAAUGAACUGAUGAAUAAGAGUAAACUCUUCUAAUAGACCUGCUGUCCUUAAAAUAUGUACUGUAUUUAAGAGGAAAAAAAAAUCACCUCUUGGUAACACACUUGUCUCAACGGUCACAUAUAUAUCUGUGUCUUGUGGCUGAAGUUAUGUGCAUAUGUAACAUCUGCAAUUUAACUGGAAAUCAGUCUUAUCUAAUGAUCAUCUCAGAAUUAUAACCUGGAAUAUAAACCAAAAAUGCUCUGCUGUAUCUCACUCACAAAUACGAUUAGUUGUUUUGCAUUUUAGGGUAGCAAGAGGAUGAUGAUGUCCCACUAACAAGCCUUUGAUUACCACAGGAAGUUUCAAGAUUCUAAAGGUCACUUGCACUCAUUUUGGGAAAGUGAAGUGAAUAAAAGAUGGGAAGGAGCUGUUGACGACAUGGCUGUAUCCUGCUAGCAACAAAUGCUCUGAUUUGUGUUAAUGUUAGCAUAUAAUCCUUGUUGACCAAAGUUGUGCAGCUAUGUAUAUUUUGUGCUCAGGACUAGAACUCAAAUGCUCAUAAAUUGGUAUGUUUUAUUAGUGUUUUGCCUAUUUUCUGUAAUGACUUGGUGUUCUUAAUAUCAUGACAGAAAUAUACCUUAAUCUAUUUUUCUGAUGGAUUUGUUUCUGUCAUCUCACAUUUUCUUUUUUAAAGCAAAAUGUCUUUCUUUUUAUCUAAUUUUAUAUGCUGCUAAAUGUAUUUUAAAUACACUGUUUUGCAAACCUUGGCAGUUACUUUGGGAACUGAACCAUGUGUGUUGGAAAAAGCUGUGUAAAUAGAUGGUUGUACAAAGAAAAUAUCUUACCUUGUGCCUGUAUGACUUCUGAAACUCUUAGAGUGUGGAUAUUGAGGGAGGAUGUAUAUUUACCCUAAUGCUCUGAGUAUUAAUUUGUAAAUUCUGCAAAUUAAAAUAUUAUGUAGAUUCAGAUAGUGUUUGGAUAUUGAGGGGGGUUUGUUUAUGUUGGGUGUUGGCUUUUUGGUUUGUUUUUUUUUGUGGUAGUGUUUUUGUUAGUUUGUUCUGUGGUUUUUGUUUGUUUGUCUCCAGAAAAGAUCAGUCUGUAAAUUAGAGCUUCUGUAGGUAACCCUUAAAUAAAGAUGUGAAUGAA